GUCUUCAUGAACACACCGACUAGAGAAGAAAUUAUAACAUUGUGCAUCAAAGAAGCUCAGUUCAAAUCUGUGCUUCCUUCACCAAUAAAACAUCACUUUCAUCUGUCAGAUCAAAGAUGCAGUGGAGUCUGUAUCUGUUCAUUCUGAUGGGUCAGUGUUGCUUCUUUACAUGCCAACAGUAUGAGUACCACUUUAUUGAAGAAAACAAGAGCUGGUCUGAAGCACAGAGAUACUGCAGAGAGAAAUAUACAGACCUGGCCAAAGUGUUUGACAUGACAGACAUGAGCAGACUCCGUAACUCCACACAGAAUCAAGGAGAAGCCUGGAUUGGACUGAACAACAACACAGGUGGAAACAGGACGUGGCAUUGGUCUCUGCCAGGAGUGGAAUACAUUCAAAGUGACAGCAGCUGGAAUCUGAAUGGAAGACAAAAGUGGGAACAUCCUGGAAACUGUGGGAGGAAACGAGACAAGCUGGCAGAUGUUUCAUGUGACUAUCCUAUGUGGUUCAUCUGCUAUGAUGAAAUGAAGAAAGACAAGAAAGCAAUGUAUUUGAUUAAGGAGAAGAAGAACUGGACACAGGCUCAGAGCUACUGCAGAUCCUAUUACACUGACUUAGCCAGUGGACUCGAUCAGGUAGAUGGAGAAGAAAUGAAGGCCCUGUUCGCUGGCUGUGUCAUGAGUGUGUGGGUCGGUCUGUUCAGAGACAGCUGGAGGUGGUCAGAUGGGAGUGAUUUCUCUUUCAGAUACUGGGAUAUGCAGUUAUUCAAUGAUGAACAAAACAAGAAGACAUGUGCUAUGACUCUGUUAAACAGAUCAGGAAAAUGGAGCUCUGAUGAAUGUGACAAAGAAAAACCCUUCUUCUGUUAUGAUGAAAAAUUGAUCCUGAUCAAAGAAAACAAGACCUGGGAGGAGGCCUUGGAUUACUGCAGAGAGUCUCACAUGAGCCUGGUCUCCAUCACUAACCAUUACCAACAGAGAUGGGUGGAGAAGAGAGCCAAGAAUGCCUCGAGUCCUUUUGUCUGGCUCGGCCUGCGAUACUCCUGCACUCUGGAUCUGUUGUUCUGGGUCAAUGACAAGCUGGUCUGCUAUGAGAAGUGGAGCAGAGAGGGAAAGACUGAGGAGUGUGGCAGGGCUGUGGGCAUGCAGAGUGGAGGACAGCAUGAGUGGGUCAGUCAGAGAGACAAUGAGACAUAUAAUUUUUUUUGUUUUAAAUAAGACUUCAGAACUAUUUCAGAAUUGAGGCAAAAUAAGAUUUCUGAUGUGUGUCACUGAGUUUUUUGUUUUUGUUUUUUACUGGCAAAAGUUCAACUGAGAGCAAAGAAAAAACAUAGUUGUAAACAGCACAAUAUUGGCAAUAUCUGAUCUUCACUAAAGUAAAUACAGUUUCCUCAUUUUCCUUUUGACUGUCUGAUUCAGUGAUGUCAUAUUUACUCACUUUCCUCAUUAU